AGGUUAUGGAUCCUGAGAUGGGGGGAUUCCUGCCCGAGUGUGAUCACAAGAGGCAGAAGGAUGCGAGUCCUAUAAGGAGUAGAAGGAGAUUAGACGACACGCCCAGAAAGUGAGAGACGAAGAUGUCUCACUGCUGGCUUGAAGACGGAAGAAAGGAAAGCAGGUGGCAUCUAGAAGCUGGAGAUGAUGAGGCUGCCAGGCUCGAGACAACCACGGUUACCUGGUUGAAGACGGGAGAGGCAGCCCAGCUUUGGCCUCUGCAGUGAGGAUCUCCUGGCCAGGCUCUCAGCUGUCAGAUCCUACAGCCAGGACUCUGCGCUAGGGGCCAGCCCCAGGAUGGAGGCUCCAGCCCACAGGGCUGGGCAGGGAGGAAUCCCCAAGGCUGAUGCCCGAGGUGUCUGCGGGGCCCGAGAGAAGAGGCCCGAGGAGCCGAGGUCCCUCGAAGAAGACCGAGCAGGGAGCCGCCCCACUCAAAAGGCGGACCUGCCUGGAGGAGCGGCGGGUGGCAUGACGACUCCCCCAGUGGGGGGCUCCCGAGGCUGCAUCCUCGGGGUAAGCCCCAGCCCAGGGACCAGACCCCUAGUGCAGGAGCCGUGCGGCCCCGCCUAUUCUCAGGACCCUGACUUAGUUACCCCCGAGGGGUUGCAGGCUGGGGAGGGCCCCUGUGGAAGCCGGGCGCCUGCUGGGGACUGCAGCAGGAACUCCUGUCUGGCGCUGCAUCGCGGGGCGCCCGCUGGGGAGAAGCCCCCCGUGUGUGACCCUUGUCCGGAGUGGCUCCGGAACUACGCUCGGACUCAACUGUGUGAGGUCCACAGGGACUGCUGGCUGUGCCAACCGGGGACUGGCGCUCCGACCUCCGGCGGAAGAAGCCCCUCGGUGGAGCAGCCCCGGGCUUGCGCGUGCGGCGAGGCCUUUGCUUGGAGGGCCCCGCGGAUCCCCCAAGAGCGGCUGCAGGCGACGGAGGAGUCCAGCCUGUGUGCCCGGUGCGGGAAGCGCUUUCGCCCCAACCAGCAGCAGCCGGGCAAAGGCCCCCCAGUGUGUCCCGAGUGCGACCAAACCUCGCGACCUUGCCUGGCUGUUCCCGAACCCCCGGCCCAGCGACUGUGCAAGGCGUUCCCGCACACCUCCAGCCUCCUGCAGCACGAGCGCACCCACACGGGCGAGCGGCCCUACGAGUGCGCCGAGUGCGGCAAGGCCUUCGUGUGCUGCUCCGGCCUGCACCGCCACCAGAAGACGCACUGGGCGCAGCGCCACCGCCGCUGCCCCGUCACGGUCCGGCGCGCCCUCCGGCCAGAGCGCCCGCCCUGGGGGGACCGCGGCGAGCGGGGUCCCCGGCGGGUGUCGGGAGCCGGGAAGAAGUGCGCGAAGGCCUUCGGCCUGUUUUCCCACCUCGCGGAGCACCGGCGCGUGCACACCGGCGAGAAGCCCUACGCGUGCCCCGAGUGCGGCAAGGCCUUCAACCAGCGCUCGAACCUGAGCCGCCACCGGCGCACGCACAGCGGCGCCAAGCCCUACGCGUGCCCACUGUGCGAAAAGGCCUUCAAGGGCCGCUCGGGCCUGGGGCAGCACCAGCGCGCGCACACCGGCGAGCGGCCCUACGGCUGCCCCGAGUGCGGCCAGACCUUCCGCGGCUGCUCCGAGCUGCGCCAGCACGAGCGCCCGCCCUCGGGCGAGAAGCCCUACAUCUGCCGCGCCUGCGGCGGGGCCUUCGUGCGCAACUGCAGCCUGGUGCGCCACGUGCGCACGCACACGGGCGAGCGGCCCCACGCGUGCGGGGAGCGCGGCCGCGCCUUCAGCCAGCGCUCCAACCUCCAGGAGCACCAGAAGCGGCGCGGCGGCCGCGCGGCGCCUUGACCGCCAGGAGGGGAGCGUCGCCAACGGGAACCCCGCGUCCAGGAGGGGCCUUUGUCCCCGAAACGCCACAAACGUUUGUGACCUUGAUUAAACUUGACUUUGUACAC